AUGGUUGAGGUGGAAGGAAAUUACAACACUGCCUCAAAAUCUCCAUUUAAGAGUAUCAAACGAGCAUUAAAAUUCCAUAAACAACAUGAUCGAAGUACUAUAACACAGACAAUACCAAGCCUUGAGUAUAAUUCUUAUGGUAAGUCCCAAGGAUCACCGAUAAAGGCUAAAACUACCACUGCAAGUUCUCGCAAAUCUAAAUUAUCGGAUAAUAGAAAGUCUGCACAACGAAUAUCUCUCUUCUAUUGCGAUAACGUUAAGGUACUACACGGAGCAUUAUCUACCAUGACACCAACAUUAGAAGAUUUUCGUUAUACAACUACGUCGUUGCUAGCGAUGGGGCCGUUAGAGAUAUAUGAAAUCAAGACGAAUAGCUCAUGUUCAAAAUAUUUAACUAUUGGGAAAAAUAGUGACAUUAUUCAUCCAUUACUUCCAAAAUUGAAAGUAACCAAGCUGAUUAUUCAUGAAAAUGGUGAUGUGAUUAACAGCUACUAUAUAUCAUUCUCUAAUCCGUCACGAUUCUGGGAAAUUCAGUUCCCUCAUUGUGACGAUGCCGAUCAUAACCAAUUUGAGAGUGUAAUAUCUAAUUUUUGCAGGCUCAUGUGUCUUGAAGAUAAAGAUGAAACUCAAAAGGUGAUGCACAAUGAAAAUAUUGAUGACGACUCGAAAACAAUCAAUAAUGAGAGCCUCGACGACCUGAACUAUCUAUUAGAAGACAGCGAUAGUGAUAAUGAUGACACAAGUGAUGAAAAGAAGAUUGAGAAAUAUAACAGGAAUAAAACAUACGGCGAUUCCGUUUUUAUAUCGAAUUCCAGAUCAGAGAUGCUAAGCAGCUCAAAACAGAUCAAUAUACAAUUUAGGAAAGUGAUAGAAGAUGUAUUACCAUCUCCAGAUACCACAUUAACUCAAAAUAAAUGGACCUGGAAACAUUCAAAAUAUCAAAAUUCCUCUAUUUCUGAUAAAAAUAGUCAUAAAAUGUCUUACAGAAGAAGUUUGUACAUUUCCAAUACAAAUACUUUAUUCGAUCUUGGAUCAAUAAAGAAUAACAGACGAUCUGUGUCUGGAUUAUCAGAUUACGAUACAUUAGUAUCUUUGCAUAACUUACGGAUUUAA